CAGCUCCGGACCGGGACGCAGAAGUCGUAACGAUGUUGAUGCCCAAGAAGAACCGGAUUGCCAUUUAUGAGCUCCUUUUUAAGGAGGGAGUGAUGGUGGCCAAGAAGGAUGUUCACAUGCCCAAACACCCUGAACUGGCAGACAAGAACGUGCUUAAUCUUCACGUCAUGAAAGCCAUGCAGUCUCUCAAAUCACGAGGCUAUGUGAAGGAACAGUUUGCCUGGAGACAUUUCUACUGGUACCUUACCAACGAGGGUAUCCAGUAUCUCCGUGAUUACCUCCACCUGCCCCCCGAGAUCGUGCCGGCCACUUUGCGCCGCAGCCGGCCUGAGACGGGCAGGCCAAGGCCCAAAGGUCUGGAGGGCGAGCGACCCGCAAGACUCACGCGAGGGGAAGCUGACAGAGACACCUCCAGACCGAGCGCUGUGCCUCCUGGUGCCCACAAGAAAGCCGAGGCCGGGGCUGGGUCAGCAACGGAAUUCCAGUUUAGAGGCAGAUUUGGUGGCGGACGUGGUCAUCCCCCUCAGUAAAGUGGGAGCGGUCAUUUGGUAUUGAAUGAGCUUGUGACGAAAAAAGAAUCUUGUGUGCCCGUCUUUGGAUAAUGUAGUCUGAUCAGGAAUGUUUUAGAAGUCAGUGUAAACGGGGCGAGACUGGAUUGGUUGGGGGGAAGUCCCACGGUGGGGGGACAUGAUCAACAAUCUCAGUAAAGUUGGAGCGAUUAUUAGUGUUUGAAUAAACUUUGGAGAGAAAAUGGUCUCAGCAAACUGGGAGCGAUUUUGGUGUUGAAUAAACUUGUG